GGCUGGGCUCUCGAAAGUGCUCAUGAAUGAAAAACAGCCAAAACAGAUUUCAAAUUUGUUCUUUUUGGCUGACGUAUUCCGAUUUCGGUGGCUGUGCGCGGACGGAUGGUGGAUUGGGUGUUUUUGGUCGGGAGGGAGUCUAUAGCCGGCAACAAGUUGGAUUUUUCUAAAAAUGAACACACACGAAAUAGCUUCGUCUUUGGCGUUAAAUACAGACAACGACGGCGGUGUCGAGCGGCAGCGACAACGCAUCUCUGCCACCGAACGAAGGAAUUUGAUUUUCAUUUGAUUUUCUUCUGGGUCGCUCUUCGUGCGCGAAAACCUCUAUUGUGUGUGGGGCGUGCUCUCCACCGCUGGCCAUCUAAGGAGCAUAUUCCACAGAAGCGAUGCUUUCCUCGACUCAGCUUUCCCGCAGCUAGUUGCGUUUGGAUGUCAACACGAUGUACACGCGCCCAGUGGCUAUGCUGCUGAAACGACUGAAAGUGGGAGCUUGAACUGACAUCGGGAGUAUACCACUACCGCGAUAAUCCCAGGACAACAACAGCCAGCCUAUACAAAGACUGAAUUUAAACCGGACCACUUAUAGCCAGUUGUUUUUGGACCCCAUUUCGUACAAAAUCUUGCGCAUUGAGGUAAACCCAACCCCCAUUUCGGCCACCUCACUGGGACAGAGUUCGGCCUGCAGCAUCUCCGGGCUACCGCUUAGGCCAUUUAUGGGCAUGAUUUUCGCCCAAGGAAUCGAAUUUCAUGCACAAAAACAACGUUUCUGUUUCGGUGCGAGACUUUCCGUGCGUGUGUGUGUUUUCGCCUCGAAGAGAGCACCACUUGCCAGUCCCUAUUAGACAUUUAAAUAGAAUUCCCGUGCUGAACACCAAACGAGCAGAGAGAGCAAGCACGCCUGCGUUGGCUCCUCCACCUCCGCCUCGAUCACCGCCGGAUCUUCGUCUGCCGCCAGGACUAGCAUGCAAGAACUAACGACAGUCGGCGACUUAAAUAGCAGCAGCAGCAAGGGGGAGUUCGCACCGGUGGCCCCCGUGGUCAACCUCGACCAGAUGCUGCCCAACAUCAAGCUGGAGCACGAUCGGGACCUAGAGGACUGGCUGCCCACCCCCGAGCAUCCGGGUUUGCGGCUGGAUCUCAACACGACCCGCCUGCUCCUGCAGGGUUCCGACGAUCCGCUAAUCUCCCACGGUGCCGCCACGGAUGCCCACGAUGAAGACCAUCCCUUCCGGACCUUAUUGGCUCGCAAAACUGUCACCCACGAGCAGCCGCACAAUGGCACUUGCAGUCCCCUUACCAAGCAGCAGCUGAAGGCCAACCUGUUGAUGAGUAGCCGCAAGGCAAAGAAGCCACUGCAGCCCGCCCACGAGGAGGCCGCUCCGGCCACUCAGAAGACGUCCAAAGCGGGACAAAGCCAAAUGCCGACCCGUUCCCGGAAACGCAACUCUGUGGCAGGGACCAUGAAGCUGCGAUUUCACCACCAGGCCUUGCCUGCGGAAUACGCGGCCCACUACGAGGCCACCCAGGGCCGGCAUUCCAUCCGACCCCCGCCACCAAAUCAGCCUCCGCCUCCUAGCCAAAGCCACGAGAACGUACGCAGCUGGCUCCGAAAGAUCGCCGAGAUUCAGCGGGGCGCGGACUGCCAACAGCAGAAGCAAAAGCAAGCUUCUCGGGAAUCGGUGCCUUCCGGACUCAAAUUGUCCCCGUCCAUUGGAACAAAAAUUAAUACUAAUACGGAAUGUAUGGUACCUACACUGCCACAGGUGCCACUGCGAGUUCCCAGUCCCGAAGUUGCUGCAACACCAAAACGCAGCUCCCUGAAAUUCACCGAUCUGCCCUACAUGGGAGAGAUAACCUUGGACAACUACAAGCCACGGCGCGGACGGAAACCCAAGAAAGCGGAUAUCUGUCACCUGAUUUACAAGAACUACGGAACCAUUGUUCCAUCGGCAACCUCAGUCAGAAGUGCUCACCCGUCAUCGGUAGCCGGGUCUAUUGUCCCCACAGCUGCCCCGACCGUUUUGCCGGCGGAUGAGCCGCUUAACCUCUGCCUGCGGGAUCAAAGCGAGGAGCGAUACUCCAUAUCAAGCGAGGAUAGCGAGAAAGCCACCGAAUGCGGCAGCUGUUCCCAUAGGACCACGCCACAUAGUGCAUCAGGGCCAUUGUCCUUGGACCUGGCUCUCAGCAAGGAGCAACCACUAACGGCCGCCAAGCUGUUGCUGCAACCCGUGGGACUCUACUACCAGCAACUGGUCGAGUCUUGCAGCCUGGGCGGAAUGCCAGUGCCCGUGGAGACCAUCGAGAAGGACAAUCAGCUGUCUCUAAAGAUUCCCAUACCAAGUGGUUUCUUUUCCAACGAAGCAACAGCGUUAGGGUUGCGAAAGCGCAAGCGCUCAGCGAUUUUCAUCCCGCCCAUGCCCGCAGAGAACUCUUCGAGUCCGUCCACCGAAGUCAGCAUCUGCAAGUUCAAGUUCACCGGUGGUGCCAAGCCGACGCUGCAGGAGAAGAAGAUGCUCUCAGUGGAUGCGGAGGGUAAUUACAGGUACUACAACGGCACCGGGGACAAGACAAUGCGCGGCUACGAGUUUAUUUCUCGGGAGCAGCAGCAGCAACAGCUGCAGCACCAGCAUCAGGGACUGGAUAAACUGUACGUGGACGUGCCACCGCCCUCAACGGAUCUGAGCCUGGAGCUGCUGCACAUGCCGCCAGAGUCGCCUACGUCGUCCCUCCUCCUGCCCCAUAGCAAUGGCCUGGAGCACACCGUGCAACCGCACAGUCCGGCCUCGCAGUGCUCUAAUUCCCAAAGUCCGAUGCCAGGCAUGGUGGCUCCCCCAAAGCCGUCUGGUGAAAGUGAGCAAAAGCGGAGGUCUUCGCGGCGGACAAAGCAGCGCGAGAAGCUGGAAAAGACCUUUAAGGAAAAGGGGUUUCUCAUACAGACCCAGCAGCUGCAAUCCGCAGAAGGAGCCACCUAUUGCAAGUUUCGGCAACUGAAAAAAUUCACGCGUUACCUAUUUCGCAAUUGGAAGGACCACAUCCCCGAGAGCGAUCUGGCCAAGCAUCAGAGCGGAGUUCGGACGGAGGUCAAGAGCAAGCCAGUGACCCUAGAGACUCAGCCCAACCAAACCAUAUAACUAUCCUCUGCUUGCCCGGCCACACAAAGCACUGCCAAAGAUUUAGUUUAAGACCUAAGAUUGCUGCGCCGCCACCGAAAGGUUGCCCAUGCGGAUUGCGAAGCUUAGCAACCCAUGUUAAUUCCGUCCAUGCGGUCUGCCUCUCGACGUCAUCCAAGAUCUUCCUAGUCGCACAUCCGUUUUUCUAGUGCCUAGUGUAAAGUUAUUUUUAACAAAUAAAUCUUUUUAAAACCUUAAAAGCUAACUUUAGUUUUAUAAAAGAUAUGUUAAGUUAAUAGAUCUAACACAUUCAGGGUGGCUGUCUUAAACUGAAAGAUAAUGGA